UGAGGAUGUGUCAUGUAAAACACCAUAGUGUCUGUUGGCGAACAUGGAGAUUCUAUUUUGUGGAUGUGUUUUUAUUAGUUGUGCCUGUUUAAUUACUUUACAGCAAAGAUGAACUCAACAUUCCCAACAUUGUCGUACUUUAUUCUUGGGGGUUAUUUAACUGAAGGAAAGUUGACAUAUUUUUAUUUCUUCAUCACAAUUUUACUGUACAUCAUGAUUGUUUUUUCUAACACAUGUGUAAUUGUAGUUAUCUGUAUGAACAGAAGUCUCCAUGAACCUAUGUACCUGUUUCUGUGCAGCCUGUUUGUAAAUGAACUGUAUGGUAGUACAGGAUUGUUUCCAUUACUGCUGAUCCAAAUUCUCUCUGACAUUCACACCAUCUCUGUUCCUUUCUGUUUCCUGCAGAUUUUCUGUGUUUACACGUAUGCUAAUAUAGAAAUAUGUAACUUAGCUGUGAUGUCUUUUGACAGGUACAUUGCCAUUUGUUAUCCUCUGCAGUAUAACACACGUAUGACGACUCGCAGAGCUUUUAUCUUCAUUGUUGUCAUAUGGCUGUAUUCGUCUGUGAAGUUUUUAAUCACGUUGUCUUUAAACCUGCGUCUCACACUGUGUGGAAAUGUCAUUGACAGUGUGGCUUGUAGCAACUACCUGGUUGUUAAGUUGGCGUGCUCUACCACCAGAGUGAACAACAUCUAUGGACUAUUUGGUGCCAUUAUCACUAUUGUAGUCCCUCUGGUUCCUAUCCUCUUCUCCUACAUGAGGAUUUUAAAAGUCUGUUACUCUGGUUGUAGAAAGACGAGACAGAAAGCUCUCAGCACCUGCGCACCUCACCUGGCCUCACUGCUCAACUUCUCCUUUGGUUGUAUGUUUGAGAUUCUUCAGAGUAGGUUUGAUAUGAGUGCUGUACCCAGAGUCGUGCGUAGCAUGCUGUCUCUGUAUUUCCUCAUCAUUCAGCCACUGCUGAAUCCAGUAAUGUUUGGAUUGCAAAUGACCAAAAUACGAAAUGCCUGUAAACAUGUCCUCGGCUGUAAAACAUUGGCUGGUCACAGUGGAAACUAG